AUGGACGUAGAGGCGCCCAAGGACACGCUCCCCGUGCCGGUGCCGGCGCCGCGUGGCAAGGGUUUGCACUGGCUCCUGGUGGCGGUGAACUGCGGUAUGCUCUCGCUGGGCACCACGGGCGGGCCGCUCCUCAGCCGCCUCUACUACAGCAAGGGCGGGCACCGGCAGUGGCUGUCCGCGUGGCUGGAGACCGGCGGCUGGCCGCUGCUGCUGAUCCCCGUGGCGGCGUCCUACCUCACCCGGCGCGCCCGCGACCCUCGCGCGCCGCUGGUGCUGACGCGGCCGCGCAUCCUGCUCGCGGCGGCGGCGCUCGGGGUGGCCACGGGCGCGGACGACUUCCUGUACGCGUACGGGCUGUCCUUCCUGCCGGUGUCCACCUCCGCCAUCCUCAUCUCGACGCAGCUCGCCUUCACCGUCUUCUUCGCGUUCCUCGUCGUGCGGCAGCGGCUGACGGCCCCGUCGCUGAACGCGGUGGCGCUGCUGACGAUGGGCGCCGUGGUGCUGGGCCUGCACGCGUCGUCGGACCGCCCCGCGGGGGUGAGCCGGGGCCAGUACUGGCUGGGCUUCGUCCUCAGCCUCGGCGCCGCGGCGCUGUACGGGCUGGUGCUGCCGCUGGUGGAGCUCACGUACAAGCGCGCCGCCGCGGGUGGUGGUGGCGGCGUGCUGACGUACGCGCUGGUGAUGGAGAUGCAGCUGGUCAUGGGCUUCUUCGCCACCGCCUUCUGCACCGUCGGCAUGAUCGUCAACAACGAUUUCCAGGUCACGCGUCCCUCGCCCUACACUAGUCCUUGA